AUACGUGUAUAUACUUUUUCACUUUCUACAUCCUUUUGCAGGGUUGAAAAGGCACCAUGUAAAAGUCCGAUACAAACGCCAGAUCAUGUUGCUGAUUUUAACGUUACAAACUUUCAAUCCCAGCCGAGACAUAAAACUGUUCCUGACAAACAGCUGUACUCUUACACACGGUGGUCGAGAUCUCAAAGGCCUGAUGCAAAGAAAUCGGAUUCUGUUGAGCAGAAGCCAAAACUUCUCGCACGCACGAACACAACGAGCUGGAAUGAAACGCGAUACGAGCAACAAAAUGUCCGGGAAAGUACAAACACUGUAUCAGCAAGAGAUAGGAAUAUAGAUCCGUCGGAAUACAAUCCAAUCGUUGCAGAGGGUAAUAUCCCGGCGACCAAGUUUAGAUUAGCAAAGAAAGUUAACACAGGUCAAAAGGUAGCAAUGACCAUAAAGAAACAUAAUGUCAAUCUUCCGUCACUGACCAAGAACUCAAAGUCUCAGACGAUGGCGGAUUAUGGCGGUAAAGUCAGUCGUGAUAGGCCAGCCAAGGUAUUGUAUCCGUGACUUGUUACGAUAUAGCAAUUGUCUUUCUGUAGAAUUGUAUUAUAGACUUUAAGUCUGGUCCAAUGUUGAUUUAACUUAACCGUAUGAGCCUGCUGUCGGCAACAGAGUGUACCCAUGCGACCAGUCUAAACCACAGGCCUUCGACUCAUUUGUCUUGCCAAUAAUGGUCAAAUUAUCAUAAAAUAAUAUCCCAUAAAACUACUAUCCAGCACCCGUUUACUGUAUAUAGUACACAUUAUAUUGUAAUAAACGGGUGCUGGAUAGUAAUUUUGUUCUUGAUGAUCAAGGGGAGAUUAUUUUAUAAUUUGACCAUUAUUGUAGUAUUUAACUUAAUUUUCUUCUUUCCCGUUUCAUUUGCGUAACAACAUACUUUUUAUGAAAUUAUUAUAUCCUUUUUGCAGAUUAAACGGAACGUAUGUAUACAUAUAAAUCCAAAUGCAUGCAUACUUAUUGAAAUUAUCAUUCAUUUUUUUUCCAAAGAUAAAACAGAGGUCGACCAGAAUCAUUGCGGAAGAGAGACCACGCACGCAAACGCCCCGGAUCUCCACGCCAACAAAGGGUUCCCUCAAGGAAACCCACACAGUCCCAGAAUUCCUAUUUAAAGAUUACUAUAUGCGUUCAUUGUAUGGAAAUAAAACAAGAAUCAACUCGCAUAUUAAUGUCAAUAAAACUGACAAAGCACUGAGGAAAACACUUACAGUUGAUAAUUUGGAGCUUGUUGCUAAGCAACAGAAGAAGAAAAGUGACACCCCGAAAUCUAAAGAACUUGCAUUCACUCGCUCAUUUACAUUUUCCAUGUUUGAUCUGCCAGACAUGUACAAAUUAUAUAAUACAACGUUAGAAAGGCGGGCCAAUGGCGAGGAAAUCGAAACACAAGAAUAGAAAACAAACUAUCGGUGUUGUUUUUAUAAAAGAGAUUUAUUAAGUUUUUACAGAAAACUUUUACUUAGACCAAUAAAAUAUUUGUCUUUCAUAUAAAUAAAAUAUGCUUAAAAUUA